AUGGCUCUUUCUAUUUCCUUUUCACACUCAUCUCUUUUCUCCUCCAAGAAAUUUUCACAAACAUGUGAUCCCCUGGCUAGGCCACUGCAAAAUCUUCAUGUGACGUCUCAGCAUGUCCGAUUAUUCUUCUGUAGCUCUCUAGUAUCCCAAUUCACAGCAGCUGCUAGGCGAUCAGGAAACUAUCAGCCAAGCAUAUGGGAUAAUGAUUUUGUGCAAUCUCUGAAAACUGAUUUCACGGGGGAGAGAUACGUGAGGUGGGCCAAGAAGCUGGGGGAGGAAGUCAGAAGAAAGUUCAAUGAGGUGGCUGAGCCAUUGGCACUGCUAGAGCUCAUUGACACAGUUGAGAGGUUAGGAAUGGGGUAUCACUUCCAAACUGAGAUCAAGGGGGCUCUAGAGACUAUAAUAUCCAUCAAGGACAACAACUUCUGUGCGGGGGAAGAAAUAUAUGCCCAAGCUUUAAGAUUCAGGCUCCUUAGGCAACAUGGGUUUCAAGUCUCUCAGGAUGUCUUUAAGAGCUUUAAGGAGGAGGUAGGCGAUGGUUAUUUUACUUUUGGUGGACCUGUUUGCAAGGAUAUAAGGACAAUAUUGAGUUUGUAUGAAGCUUCUUAUUAUGCUUUCGAAGGCGAAAGCAUCCUGGAUGAGGCGCAACGCUUCACAAGAAGACAGCUCAAGAAAAAGCUCAAAGAGAAUAUAGCCCCAGACCUUACCAGAGAAAUCAGCCAUGCCAUGGAACUGCCUUUGCAUUGGAGGAUGCAAAGGAUGGAGGCCAGAUGGUUCUUAGAUACAUAUGGGAUGAGAGAAGAUAUGGAUCCCUUGUUACUUAAAUUUGCUAAGUUAGACUUCAACUUGGUGCAGGCGACGCAUCAAGAGGACCUAAAGCAUGUCUCCAGGUGGUGGAACAACUUGGGCCUGGGAAAGGCACUAAGCUUUUCUAGAGACUGGUUAGUGGAGUGUUUCUUGUUUACUGUUGGAGCCAUGUUUCAGCCUGAGUUCGGAUUUGGUAGACGACAACUUACGAAAGCCGUUUCUCUUAUAAAUGUAAUUGACGAUGUUUAUGAUAUUUAUGGUUCUCUUGACGAACUCCAGCUCUUUACUGAGGCAGUUCAAAGGUGGGAUAUAAAUAACUUACAAGAUCUUCCAGAGUACAUGCAAAUAUGUUUUAUGGCUCUCUACAACACAACCAAUGAAUUGGCUUACGACUUCCUUAAAGAGCAUGGCCACGACAUAUUAAAAUACUUGAAGAAAGAGUGGGUGGACUUAUGCAAAGCAUACUUGGUGGAGGCAAUGUGGCACCACAAUGGAUAUAAACCAACACUUGAGGAGUAUAUGAACAAUGCCUGGAUUUCAGUAGGACUGCCUCUCGUUCUAACUCAGAAUUAUCUUUGCUCAUCGAGAGACAACAUCACAAAGGAGGCACUGGAGCAACUGGGAAAAUACUCAAAUAUCAUACGGUCAUCAUCCUUAAUUUUUCGAUUUGCUGAUGAUUUUGGAACUUCAUCAGAUGAGUUGAGGAGAGGUGAUGUUCCAAAAUCAAUCCAAUGUUACAUGCAUGACACUGAUUGUUCUGAGGAAAUCGCCCGUGAACACAUCAGAGCUCUGGUUGCUAAGACAUGGAAGCAGAUGAAUGAACAUGCCUCUGCUCCUUUCCCACCACUAUUUAUAACUAGUGCAGUAAAUUUUGCACAAACAGCCCUCUUCAUGUACCAGUAUCGAGAUGGGCAUGGAGUUGCUGACUGGAAGCUCAAAGAUGGAAUUAUGUCAUUAUUGGUUGAACCCAUUUCCCUUAUGGUAUAG